AUCUUGGACUGGGUUAGAGUUGUUUUGGUUUCGCGCACUUAUCGGACGAAUCCCGACUUCCAUCACAAGGUCCUCUGUACUAUACAAUGGAGCAUUUAGAUGAUGGAAAAGAAUCAUCAAAUAGUGUCAAUGAAAUAGAAGCCACUAAUUCCCUACUUAUCUGUGGCCUUCCAGAUGAUCUUUCUCUUAUGUGCCUAGCAAGAGUUCCUAGAAAAUAUCAUUCUGUUCUGAAGUGUGUCUCAAAGAGAUGGAGGGACUUAAUUUGCAGUGAAGAGUGGUAUCAUUAUCGCCGAAAGCACAAACUUGAUGAGACCUGGAUCUAUGCUUUGUGCAGGGACAAAUCGAAUGAGAUUUUCUGUUAUGUUUUGGAUCCAACCACCUCAAGAAGAUAUUGGAAGCUCCUUGAUGGUCUUCCACCUCACAUCUCAAAUAGAAAAGGCAUGGGUUUUGAAGCUUUGGGAAAUAAGCUAUUCUUAUUGGGUGGUUGUAGUGGGUUUCUAGAUUCUACGGAUGAGGCUUAUUCAUAUGAUGCAUCCUCAAAUUGUUGGGUUGAAGCUGCUUCCUUGUCAAAUGCUAGGUGCUACUUUGCUUGUGAAGUUUUGGAUGAAAAACUAUAUGCUAUUGGGGGAUUAGUUUCAAAUUCAAGUGAUAAUUCUUGGGAUACUUUUGACCCUUUGACAAAGUGUUGGACAUUCCAUAUAGAUCCUAAUAUUGCUUCUGAUAUUGAAGAUUCAGUGGUUCUUGAUGGGAAGAUAUACACCCGAUGUGCCAGACAUACGGAUGUAGCUCCUCAUGCUUUUGCUGUUGUAUAUGAACCAUCAAGUGGCACGUGGCAGUAUGCAGAUGCUGACAUGGUUUCAGGAUGGACAGGUCCUGCAGUUGUUGUUUAUGGUACCCUUUAUGUGUUGGAUCAGAGUUUGGGAACUAGGUUAAUGAUGUGGCAUAAAGAGAGACGCGAGUGGAUACCUGUUGGAAAGCUUUCGCCUUUGCUUACUAGACCACCUUGUCAGCUUGUUGCAGUUGGUAAAAGCAUUUUUAUUGUUGGGAAAACGCUUAGCACUGUGGUUGUCGAUGUUGGUGAUUUGGGGAAUGAGGGUCAGGUGAUGAUGGGUUCUUCUAUACCUGGAUUAUUAUCGGAUUUCAAUGUAAUAAGUUGUAAAUGCUUGUCAAUCUGAAGCAUUGUGUAUUAUUAUGUUAUGACAUGUAUCAAUGUUACAUAAUUCUUUUUUCUUGGUACAAUGAUAGUACCAAGGAUUGAACUUAUGACUUUAUGUAAAUUACAUGAAUCUUCCAUAAAUUGACAAUCCUAGUGGUGUGGCAUGAUUUGGAGUGUUUUA